UUGCCUGACCUCUGGCGCUCGGCGGAGAGUGACGCUGAUGAGGCCAUAGUGUGUGUGUGUGUGCGUGGGCUGGGGGUUGCUGGGUGAGACCUUCUGGGGAGAUGAGCAGCGCAAGAUUGUGGGUGGGUCCUUGGGUGUCGGUGGUGUUUUAGGACGUGGUCGCCUGGUAGCGCAGAACAAGGCAACAACUGCUUUUUCUCGCAGACUUCCACUCCAGAAGAACCCCCACUUUCGUCCCCCCCCUCAACACAGCCGACCUCUCAAAAGAUGACCCGGGACAAGCGCAAAAAGCGCAAAGACCACGCGACAAAAAAAGCCGUCUCGAAAUCCCAAAAGGCCUCCAAACAAGCCUCCAAAGCAGAACGCAAGGACUCGCGCCACGCCUCCAAAUUCGACGACGACGGCGACGAGGAGGACAUUGAGAUUCUGAUCAAGCAGUUUCAGGAGGGGGAUAGGAGGAUUGGGGUUGCCGAGGAGGUUGCAUGUGAGCCGCCGAGUCCAAGGGCGAAUGCGAGUUGGGUUGCUGCUGCAGGGAAUGCGCCGUUUGUGUGGUUGUUUGGGGGCGAGCAUUGUACGGGGAGGAAGGUGAAGGUUUACGGGGAGCUUUUUAAAUACAGAAUCGACAAAAAAGACUGGCGUCGCAUCAACACCCCCGUCUCGCCACCCCCCCGCAGCGGGCACCAAACCGUCGUCCUCACCAACGGCAAGCUGCUCGUUUUCGGCGGCGAGUACACCUCGCCGUCGCAGAACCAGUUCCAUCACUGGAAAGAUUGCUGGGUGUUUGAUCCCAAGGAACUUAAAUGGGAGCAGCUGGAUAUACCGACACCGAGCGCGAGGAGUGGGCAUCGGAUGACUGUUUGGAAGAAUUUUGUUGUCCUAUUCGGCGGCUUCUACGACAACUACAAAACAACAAAAUACCACGACGACCUCUGGCUGUUCGACACGACCGAGUACAAAUGGUCCAAAGUCGAGUUUUCGUCCCUUGCUUCUAAGCCUGGACCACGCUCAGGCUUCCAAUUCAUAACCCACAACGACACAAUCUACCUCUACGGCGGCUACUGCAAAAAACAAAUCGACGGCGAUCGCGAGAGCGGGCAUGUCUAUUCCGACAUGUGGCUCCUCCAAAUGUCCGCGGACCCCUCCCUCAUCACAUGGAGCCUGACAAAAAAAGCCGGCAAGCCGCCCCCGAAACGCGCCGGCUGCACAAUGAUCAUGCAUAAGAACCGCGGAAUCCGUUUCGGAGGCGUGGAGGAUAACGAAGACGACGAAGACGUGGUGUGCCGGAACGACAUGUAUGCGUUCGAGGUUGAGAAGGGGAGGUGGUUUGGCGUUACCAUCAAGAGCGGGAAGGCCAAGACCGAUGACCCAGUAGCGGAGUUAGACCCAGCGGCAGAGACCCCCGCGGCGAUAGACCCAUCCCAGCCCCACCCCCGCUACAACGCGAUGCUGGCAACCUACAAGUCCCAGCUGAUACUCUACGGCGGGCUGUUUGAGGAUAAGAAGUCGGAGCAUACCUUGGAUGAUCUGUGGGUGGUGAAUCUGGAUAAAGGCGGGCCGUGGGAGGUGGUGCAGAGGGGUGGGUGGGAGAGGGGGGGUACUUCGAUGGCGGCGCUGCGUGAGGCGAAGACGGGUGAGGAAACGAAGGAGGGUGGGGAAGAGGAGGAGAGUGGGAGUGAUAGCGAUAGCAGCGAUAGCAGUAGCGAUGAAGAGUAAGGAUGUCGUGAAAAUGUGGUUGUGAGCGGAAUGUGGGUUUUUUGUACAUAGAAACAUAGGUAGCGUAUCGCGAGACUGCCCCUACUCCAGGCUGCCUCAGGCGAUUGCGGAAGUUGAGUCGAGAGAGCGUACCGCGAGACUGCCCCUACUCCAGGCUGCCUCAAGCGGUUGCGGAAGUCGAGUCGAGAAGGUAGCGAAUCGCGAGGCUGCUCCUAUUCCGAGCUGCCUCAAGCGGUUGCGGAAGUUGAGUCGAGAAGGUAGCGAAUCGCGAGGCUGCUCCUAUUCCGAGCUGCCUCAGGCGAUUGCGCAAGUGGAUAGCGUAUCGCGAGGCUGCUCCUAUUCCGAGCUGCCUCAGGCGAUCGUGUCGUGAAGAGU